CGGAUCGCGAAUCUCGGCUUUAAAUGAUAGACAUAGCUUCUAUUCCCUAUCUCCCAACUUCUAGCUUGAACGACGGAUAGAGACUUACAUCAGCUUCCGCCUCAUCGCUGCCGCUCCCAGAACAUCUCGAUGCCUACUGGUUCUUAGCCUCUUGUCUCUCUCUCUCUCUACUCUCACGCAUUUUUCAAUUUGCUUUCUCUCCUACCGCCUCUCAUGUCAGACCUUUGCGAUGAGGCUGAGCAGCCUCUAUUGGCCCGCCGCCAAGGCGACUGUGUCUCGCAGGUUGGCGCCGUCACGGCCGACCCUGAGAAGACUGACAAGUUUCGUGCUUUAGCUCGCAUCGUUGGCUGCUGUGUUUCUGCUGCUUCCGCUGGCUGGCACGAUGGCUGCAUAGGAGCCCUCAUUCCAUACCUACAAGUUUACUAUGGCGGCGUCAGCGAUGAGAAAGUUUCCCUUGUCUUCAUCGGUUCGUUCUCGGGAUACACUCUCGCAUCGCUACUGAACGUCAACCUUAGCACCCGCCUUGGACUUGGACGCCUCCUUGUUCUAGGCGCUGCCAUUCAAGGAUUAGGAUCCGCAAUCAUUGCGUUCCGACCACCCUUCACCGCCAUCCCGGUGUGCUACGCGGUAGCUGGUUUCGGCAUUGCCCUCCAGGAUGCCCAGUAUAAUACCUACGUUGCACGCCUCCCUGGCGCUUCGACGAAAUUAGGAAUCGUGCAUGCGCUUUAUGGCGUUGGUGCGUUGGCGUCUCCAGUAGUAGCUACACUGGUCAUGAGGGCGAAUGCCCCACCGCCACUCUUCUACUUUACCAACCUCGCAUGGUGUGUCGCAAGUAUGACUGUGCUAUCAGCAGGCUUCGUAUUCAGCAGUAACAACUCAUCGGACCGCCGAUUUCGAUCUACGGCAGAGAACGAUGACGGAAUUGCAUCUCUAAGGACCGUUAUUUCCUCUCGUGUGGUAUGGGCAACAUUACUUUUCGUCAGCUUGUACACCGGCGCCGAAACUGGCGAAGCAGGCUGGGUCGUGUCUUUCCUGAUGAGGGAACGAGAUGGAGGAGCGAUAUCUGGCUACGCCUCUGCUGCUUUCUAUGGUGGUCUUACGUCUGGCCGCGUCAUGCUUCUGCCUCUCACAGCUUAUAUUAGUGAGAAAAAAGCGGUGCCUCUAUACGCCAUUAUUGCCCUUAUUAUGCAAGUAGUUAUUUGGAGCUCGCCAUCCUUUCUCAUCGAUCUUAUUGCCGUCGCGGCCUGUGGAUUCGUCAUGGGCCCUUGUUAUCCUAUCACCGUAAGCCUCGUCACAAAAGCUACGCCCCAUGGACAUCACCCCGGAGCACUCAGUCUCAUGGCUUGCCUUGCGCAGUCUGGGAGUGCCUUGUUUCCGUUUUUGGUGGGAUCACUUGCCGACAUUUACGGCAUCAAAGUGCUGCAGCCCAUGCUCGUAACGCUGUUUGGUGGUAUGGUCAUACUUUGGCAACUGGUGCCAUUCCCCAAAGUUCAAUUGCAUCGAUCUCCGAUCCUGGCCAAGCCGGCAUCCGUCGGCGAAGGUGUGGAUCCCACGACCACUGAUAGCUCAGCAUAG